UAGCUGAUCUCGUGCCAUUUCCUGGCGUUUGGCAGUGACAGAGAGAGAAUUGUCGGUCACUUCCAUAUGUGGAUUUAUCUUUAAGAGAAGUUUGCUGUUGUUCGGAACAGUUUGUUGUCGUGAGAUACUUCUAAGACAAUAAUCAUGGGGCAAGCUGAUGUCUCCAGACCGGUAAAUCCAGAUGCAGUUGAAGAAACAGACCAGCCAUCUAGAGACCCAGGCAUGGUGAUGGAGAGUGUUGAAGCAGGGGACACAACCCCACCCAUCAAAAGAAAAAGCAAGUUUUCAGGCUUUGGCAAGAUCUUCAAGCCCUGGAAAUGGAGGAAAAAAAAAAGUAGUGAUAAAUUUAAAGAGACAUCAGAAGUUUUAGAGCGAAAAAUAUCUAUGCGAAAACCAAGAGAAGAACUGGUUAAAAGAGGGGUUCUGUUGGAAGACCCUGAGCAGGGUGCUGAGGAUCCAGGAAAGUCAAGCCAUGCCACAUUAAAGAAUGGCCACACCAUCCCCAUAGGGAGUACAAGAUCUUCUAGUCCAGUCCCUGAAGAAGAGGAGGCAGGAAGAAUACCAAAUCUUAGAAUUCCCGUUCCAGAAGAGGACCCAAAGAAGCGACUAGGCUCAACUGGAAGCCAGCAGAAUUCUGAAGCAGAGUCUGCUCCUGAGAAUGCACCCAAACAGCCUCUGCUUCCCCCUAAAAGACCCUUGUCCUCUUCUUACGAAGCAAGUGAAGGGCAAGCAAAGGAUGUCAGUUAUGGCAGCACAGCAAGGUCCACCUCCUCCACCACCACAGCAUCUGCUGCCACCACAGUUGCCACAGACCUGGGAAAGACUGUGAACGCCUUUGUGAGCCCUUCCCCAGCACCCAGGACUCUGCCUGCUGCUCCUGCCAUCACUAACAGUACUGCUCUCCCAAGUCUUACUCACACAGUACCUGCCAAGCAGCCUCCCAUCCCUCCCCCGAAACCAUCUCAAAGAAACAGCAACCCUGUUAUCGCUGAACUGUCCCAGGCAAUAAACAGUGGCACAUUAUUGUCAAAACCAUCCCCACCCUUACCACCUAAGAGAAGCAUUCCUUCAACAUUGGCACCUGCCUCUGAAUCUGCUGCUUUUGUCACCACAAAAACACCAACUGAUUCAAGAGAGAAGAAAGAGUGCUCUGAACCCCUGCUGAUAAUCCCACCCUCUUCCCCAUUCCUGCCACUGCCUACUUACAUACCUCCCCAGCCCCCAAGAUCCCCUCCAUUCCCUGCUAAGACUUUUCAAAUUGUGCCAGAAGUGGAAUUUUCACCUUCUUUAGAUCUAUCCCAAGAGGUUCCCCUGCAGGAAGAUCAGAAGAAGGAAGGCUCCAAGAAAUUACUGGACCAAGGCUUUGGAGAACCUCAUAUACCUUCUAGGCUGCCCCUACUUCCAUUGCAUAUCCGAAUCCAACAGGCCCUAACCAGUCCCCUUCCUGUGACUCCUCCCUUAGAAGGCUCUCAUAGAGCUCAUUCAUUGCUCUUUGAGAACAAUGACAGCUUCUCUGAAGACAGCAACACCCUGGGUCGGACUAGAUCACUUCCCAUCACUAUUGAAAUGCUGAAAGUUCCAGAUGAUGAAGAAGAUGAGCAAACCUGCCCACUGGCAUUUGAUGAAGAUGUGACAUCUACCUCAGUUACUCCUAAACUACCACAGUGUUUGCAAGAGGAAGAGGAAGAGAAGGAGAGUGACUCUGAUUCAGAGGGUCCCAUUUACUAUCGAGAUGAAGAGGAAGAAGAUGAAAGCCAUCAAAGUGCUCUGGCCAACAAAGUCAAGAGGAAAGACACCCUGGCAAUGAAACUGAACCACAGACCUAGUGAACCAGAGUUGAAUUUGAAUUCUUGGCCUCGUAAAAGCAAGGAGGAGUGGAAUGAAAUACGGCACCAGAUUGGGAACACACUGAUCCGGCGACUGAGUCAAAGACCAACACCAGAAGAACUAGAACAACGAAAUAUACUACAACCUAAAAAUGAAGCUGAUCGCCAGGCUGAGAAACGAGAGAUUAAACGUCGGCUCACCAGAAAGCUCAGUCAAAGGCCAACUGUGGCUGAACUACUUGCCAGGAAGAUUCUGAGGUUUAAUGAAUAUGUGGAGGUAACAGAUGCUCAAGAUUAUGACCGCCGUGCAGAUAAACCUUGGACCAAACUGACACCUGCUGACAAGGCUGCCAUAAGAAAAGAAUUAAAUGAAUUUAAAAGCUCAGAGAUGGAGGUUCAUGAGGACAGCAAACAUUUUACACGUUACCACCGUCCAUGAUGCUGAAGUUUAAGAAGAGACUAAAUGACUACCCCCCAAAAUGGGCUGUUUUGCUGCUUGUCUCCAAAGUGACUUAUGGAGGGAACUUUAGCACUUCCCAGCACAGCCAGAGUUGCUCUGGGAUCUGGUUCUGGGGUGAACAGCACUUCCAUGAAUGUAGCCUUUCACUGGAACAGAUUUUCAUGUGCUGCCCAUAGGGCAAGAAUGAAUGCUCUGGCAAUGCUUUUGAACUUUUUAACAUUGCAGCAUAUUGGAGGGGUUUUCCCUAACCAGCCACCAAAGUUCUGAGCCUCUCGGAGGUUCUGAGUUUUACUGGCUGCACCUCACCCUUGCCCAAGAUGCCUGCCUGUGCUGUGGCACAGUUUGCACCGCUGCCUUACCCGCCUGCCCUGCUUGUGAGACCUCUUUAGUGUGUAGGCACUAAAGUCCAGCUGUCAGACCCAGUUAGUGGUGGAAAAACCUGCUGGACGCCCCAGCCUUCUAGCCACAGGAGCCACAGGAGGUGUUUGGAACACACUGACAUGUCAGUUGAAAGCAUUGCACUAUACCUCUUAUAUCACAGCAAUAUAGUCCUCCCUGGGUAUGCAGGCCUCAGAGGAGGCUCAGGAGCUGACACGUCCCUCCUCUUUGGCACUUAUCAUCCUGAUCCUCUUUUUUUUUUUUUUUGAGACAGAGUCUCACACUAGCUCAGGCUGACCUUUAAUUCACCAUGUAUCCCAGAAUGGCCACAAACACACCAGUCCUCCCGCUUCAGCCUUCUGAGUGCUGGGAUUACAGUCAUGAACCACUAUGCCCAGUUUCAUCCAUUUUUUGAAUGGCCUUACAUAAUAGUAGCUUACAGAUAUAAAUUACAUGGCCUGAGCUGCAACCAGAAUCCAAAAUCCAACUUGGUCUGAUAAAAAAGCCAUGCAUACUUCCUAUAUAGAAGACCAAGGGAAGGGCCUUAAUAUCAAUGCCAGCUUGGCAGAGAACUGACUCAUGGAUUAAAUUUUAUAGGCUGUUCUAUUUUUGCUCUACCACAUGAUACUGUAAAUCAUUUCCACCAAUAGAUGCAUCCUCUUUAGUAAAGCAGGGUUGUGCCACUCUGUGGGAGCAGUUGUGUGCUUUUAGCCCCACACUUUCAGCCAGAAUCCCCGUGCCUCAGGGGAUGCAGGGUGCUGGAUAAGAAUGGUCUUUAGAGUAGCAUGAGGAAGAGACCUGACCAUGGCCCACUAUCCCUCACGUUGUCUCUCUAUCUCUUUCUCUCUGCCAUUUGCCCUGUCCUGCUGCACAUUCCCUCUUCACUCCAUUGCUGUCCUGCACACCCUCUCUGGCAGCCUCUUCCUUGCUUGUCUUUCCUUUUCUACACUGUAGCCAAAGCAGUUGGUGCCUGAGUCUUUACUCAGCUCCCACCCUACUUUAUAUUUGUAAUAUAUCUUAGUAUGAUUUCUUAAAACUAAAGACUUGGUUACUUACCUUAAAUUUCUAUGAAAGUCAUACAGCCUACAUCACUGUUAAGUAGCUUCUCUUCAACUGUGUUGUUCUGUUUUUGUUUUUGGUGGUUUUUGUUGUUGUUGGUUCAUUGGUUGGCUUUUUGUUUGUUUUAUUCAAGGUAAGGUCUCUCUGUAGCCCAGGCUGGCCUCGAACUCUCAGCCAUCCAC